GAGAGUGGAGAGUGCCAUUCAUAACAUGGCGUUUUGGAGGCAGAAGGUUUCGAACUAUGGACUAUUGGUCUCCUUUCUUCCCAGUCGCAACCGGAUUAAAUCACGAAAGUGCGCAAAGUUGUGCCUUUGCACCUUGUCACAUGUUGCCAGGUGGUCGAGCUCCAAAAAACCGGACCGGAAUGUCUUCCCUUGGUACUGUCUGCCUUCCCGCGACCAGCACACAGAUCGUCCACUUUCAUCCGCAGUAUCUGGUGAGGUGACAGUAGCAUACAAGCAGGGUUUGCCAGAAAUUGUGGUGCCAUUACCAUCACGGCAGGAAAAAUGCCGCUUUACUCUGAGGCCUCUAGGGAACACCGUGAGCGAUUUUGUAAGAAGCAUCUGCCAAGAGGAUAGGGGUGUGGACCAUGUCUCUUUCUAUUCUGCAGAUGGAGUUCGAAUUGCAUCAUCAUCUACCAUAGAAUCUCUUCUGAGAGAAAACUUCUACCUCACCCUCAACAACCAGGUUUACCUUGUGGAGCCUCCAUCGCUAGAACGCCUAACGUCAGAAGAAACAGAGAAUAUGUCCAAUAUCAAAGUCCUAGUGGCCCGGCUCUACGAAAACCUCAACGUCAGCGAGUUUCAGCUUGAGCAGGAAAGGAGGCUGCUCAAUAGGUUACAUCAUGUCAAAGAAGAACUGCGGCCAAUGGAGGAGAAGAGGCAAGAGCUGAUGACAAUGUCCCACCGCAAGACUACAAUGCUCUCCUGGGUGGGACUGGGGCUAAUGGGUGUACAGUUCGGCAUCCUGGCAAGGCUAACGUGGUGGGAGUACUCCUGGGAUAUUAUGGAGCCAGUCACGUACUUCAUCACCUACGGCACCACUAUGGCCAUGUAUGCCUACUUUGUCGUCACGCGUCAGGACUAUUACCUUCCCGACGUGCGAGACAGGCAGUUUCUGAUAACCUUCUACAAGUACGCUCGGAAACAAGGAAUGGACGUUUCGAACUACAACAAUCUACAAAACGAGAAAGCGCACAUUGAAGAAGACUUGAGACGCCUUCGGGACCCACUGCAAAAGCAUCUGCCAAUCAGGGAGCUUUUAUCCCACCACGACCCCGAGGUGUUGAAGGCGGGCGAUGCAGCACACGCCCACAGAUAGCUUCAUUUUCAAAUUUUAUUCUCGCGUUUUUUUCUCGCUCGUAAAAUAUCGCGUUCUUCGAGAUAAUUUGUCGGCUGUAGUGCCACCUCGUGUCGGGCACGUCUCCAAACUUUUUGAGAUUUUCUAGUGUGUGUGAGGUUGAAAUUGACAGUAAUUAAAUUAAUUUUCGAGUUACAGACACGGUUGUGCGGACAGUGUAGCGUACACACCGUGUCCCGAUCGCGACGUACAUAUUUGAAGUGCAUUCGAAAGUCUUCCGUUUAAACAAGCAGCAUAUCCAGUUCUGGUUACCAGUCGGUUGUCUCUUUCUGGUGUGUAACUGGAUGCUGAACAACUUUGUGAAAGCCUAGACCGUAACCACUUCUUCCAAUAGUAGUACCCAAACGGUUAGGAUGGCACACACGCAAGCUGGCUUGUGGACGAGCUCCAUCAUACUUGAAACCCCGAGUGUGGGCAAACAAAGCGUGCACACGAGGAGCAGUCGCACACGUGAUGCUCAGUUGAGUCUCCGAUAGGUACCUUUCAAGAAAAGCGCCCGCGCCCCCAAGUGAGCAGCACAAGGCGUCUCGGGACGUUUGAGAGACACUGCUGUGUCGUCUGCUUUUUCCUGCGAGACCACGUGGGCUGUUUAGUUGAGUGUUUAAGGCAUACAAAGAGUGCAUGGCUUGCUCUUGAGAACACUCGUUACCUCUUCCGCGUCCGUUACGACCGGCACAUUCUAAAACAAAAUGCAAUCGAAUCUUGAUACAGAGAAAUGCAACUAGAGCGUCUGCAAUCUGUGCGUCUGCAAUUAGUGUGUGCUCAUGCGCUGGCAGCAGCAAACAGGAAACCACCAACUUCCCAAGAUACCUCGGGUGCCACAGGUGGCACCGGCUUUUCUCAAAAGGUCUAUUGAGUUCCGUGCGUGUGUUUGUUUGCCUGCAGACUUGGGCUUCAAGGAGAUAUGUUCGAGCGGCCAUUGAAAGUUAUCACGAUGCACCGUUGCCACAUGGCACAGUCAGUGGAGCAACUGAGUCUUAUAUUGGUUGAAUCAAGAGCUGAACUCGUUCAGUAUUUUGGGAAAGAAUUAUGCUUUAUGAAUGAAUCAUAACAGCUGAAGAUUUGCUCCGCAUCCAUGUCUUUGUUUGUUUCUCUUUUUGUUUUCCUUCUAAUAAUGCUUUACUUUAGAAGGGCAGUCUAUCCUAGUAUAUUAUCAAGGCGCAUGUUGACAGAGAUCCGCGAUUCUAUUUCUGACAGCGCGUGUGCUGUCCUCUCCUUCCUCAGCAGAACUACCACAUUUACUUCCAUAACUGAUGCACUUCUCAUUGGAAAACGUAGCUGCGGUUAGCCGUGGAGGUCUGUGGGGUGCGCUGAUGAGUCACAAGUUGCAGUUAUGUGAGUAAAUGCGGUAAUUAAUUGAGUUGUGGUAAUUAAUUAAUUAAGUUGUGGUGCAAGACAAUGAAUGUCAGCGCUUCGAGGCGUCAAUGAAGGUAUUGCCGUUAUGCUACGUGGUUCAUGUUAAGGAGGGUGCACGCUGUCCUUUAUGUGCGAAAAUUGCGGGGCAUUAACUAUUCAAAAUCACCCCAUUUGUUAACAUUUGUUUUUGGUUUCUAUUAUAUUUAAAUAUGUUUUGUUGUUGUUAUUGUGUAAUACGUACAGUACCCACAUGGUGCUAUCCAUCCUUCAAAGGGUAUCUUAACCAAAGAAUUGCAAUGCGACGCUAAACGGUGUUGCAGGCGAUGCGUAGGUUAUGGACGUACUUAAAUUGCAGGUUGAACAUUGUGAUAGGUAAUUACAAAUCAAUCGAAAUAGCAAUUUUACAUCGAGCGAAGCUCUUUAUAUGAGCGUGGGAUAUGCACAUAUGCACGAAGGGAAUCCAACAUGACCAGUGUAGAGGACCAUGCGCUAAGUUUAUAGCCGAUUCCUUCCCCACAUACUGUUGUACUUUUUGAAACUGUACUUACUCGUGAUGAGCAUUUUUGUGUACAUAAUGAAAUUGUGCUUAAUAUUUGUUUCCUCGAAUUGAGUUGUACACAAAGUGCAACCUGGGUACCAUGCAUAUGUACAUGGCAUGAGUACACAGUAUCACUGACAGCAGCAAAUACGUCAUUGCCAGAGUGCCAACAAAAUAUAAUCGAAAGAUCAGCAAACAAAAAGUCCCGGGCAGAAAUUCGAGCUGGAAUCCCAAGUGGGAAUCCCACACUUCGAAACAAUUUUGUUUUUCAAAGCGUGUUACCACUUGGCUUCCAGCUCAAAUUUCUGCCUGGGAUGCAUAUAUAGUACUACCCUUUUAGCUUCACCGAUUGUCUACUACCUUCUUGUUGACAAUUCAAAGAACAAACCAAUAUCAUACUCGCUAAUUGCUCUAACGAUUUAUAAAAAAAGUUGUACUCUCAAUAAAGGCUGCACAGUAUGUACAUGCUUUUACAAAGCACUCGCAGCUCCUUUGGACAAAUUCCUUACAGGACAUUUCGCUAUAAAAUUAUGCUCCAUGUACCAGUAGAAGUGAACAAAUAUGCUAAGUAACACAUUUCGCAAAAUACGAUCACUCACUCGAUCCGUUUUUCCUCCUCUGCCUCUCCUCACCUUUCGCGUGCCACCUAGCUCAGUUCAGAUGUGAGGUGUACAAUGUCGUCCCUCAUCACUUAACGUGUAUCAACCGAAGCAAGGGACCACUAAGGUGAUGCACGUCCCAGCACGUUGUGCAUCCAUUUCUUGGCUCAAGUUCUAUAACGCUUUGCAAAACUCUAUUUGCAGAAUGUAAAGAAAGGAGAUAGUGAACACAAGCACAACCGAGCUGCUGGGAUUUUUUUCAGUAUUCGUGAACAAAGUAAAGCGAAUCACGGUGCGGCUUUUUACUGCAGCAUACCUGUCGCACCUCAAAAAGUAAAACGGAUUCCACCUUUUCAUCUGCCUCUUCCGAAAGUACGCCAUUGUUUCGAAGUGGUCAUGCUAACUCUCCUUAUUGUGAUGGCAACGGUGCACCACUUCUGGUCUGCUGCCCCAGGCAACUCUUACCAGAACUAAGCAAGUCUUCGCUUUAAAGGAGCAACAUGAAAUUAUGCUUUGUUCAUCAAGCACCAGUCAUCGUUCAUCACGUCACAUCUAUAGUAGAUGCCACGCCUGAUUUUUCCGCUGAACAGCGUUUCAUUACUGCACAUUAUGGUUAAGGCCUUACUCUUCCGGGUAAUAUUUAGCAGCAACAUCGGGAAAGGGGGGCCUAAAUACUUUGCUUCAAUAAUCUGGGUGUAAUCUGGUUGAACUAAACCUGAUCUGACCCAAUUCUCAUUGAAUCGGAUUGCAUCAGGAACAAAUCUCUGGUUUCCUCAGCAUACAGACACAUGACACACCAACAGACAGAGAGUAUCAAUAUUUAGCCCGUGCAUCUAUAUAUUCGUGUUCAACUUAAAAAGGGAAAGAAAUCUAGUCUGUCAACUACAUACACCGUUGGGGAUAAGGAGACUCAAUAGCGUGCCAGGAGAAAUAUGAAACUGCAGCGCCAUCAUGUGCCAGUGCUCGCAGGGAUCGCCCAUCAUGUGCCCCCCCCCCAAAAACGUCAGCUUAUACUACAUUGGAUUUCCCUCUCUCCCCUCCCCCACUACACGCUCCGACAAAGAACCCCCCCCCCCAAAAAAAAUAAAAAAAAUAAAAAUAAAAAAAAUUCGAGGGUUUGGAUUUGCCCCUGGCUGAGAAGUCUCAUUUGCCACUGGUGAUCGCUGCCAAGUGUUAAUGAUGGCCUGAUUACAUCGCGCCAAGAGAUUGGGACGGGUAUCCAUGGCCGCACCAUGCCACUCGUGCCUGCUUUCCAAAAGCUUAACAGCAUACAGUACAGAAAAUAAAUGUUGUGCACAGUGACUCCAGACAGACAGCGUGAUGAAAGAAACAGGGUUUUGAACAAUGCUAACUGUGACACUUUCUGCCUGGUUCCUUUAAGGCAUAUCCUGUUAGAGGCGAUGAAUUACGUUACACAAGAUACGAGGGAAUGGGGUACAGCUCGAAGCAGAGUUAACUUGAACGCAGCUCUGAGCUGCAGAGCGGGAAGAGAGUCACCGUAGCGGCACUUGGGAGAAAUGAAGGGAAAGAGUGUUUAGACUGUUCCACUUGUGCUGCAGGGGUGUCUGCCUUGCCAUGAGCUGUUGCAUUAACUGCUGUUGCAUUCGGCACAGAGCUGUACACAGUAAGGGUUACGCUGGUCGAACAAGUCGAACAGUAGUAUAAAAGGAAAGUUAUAAGCCCAUCUGGAAACCACUGAACAAAUUUCCACAAAAUAUUACCAGCUUUAACAACUUUAUGCUACACUAUAAGCUUUCUAGAUAAGGGAUUUCCCUGGAAUAUGACACACUCUCUUUACCUUUCCAACUGCCUUCCUUUUAACCGUACACCUCAUCCUUGCAGUUACUUUAUCCUGUCCAACUUACUUGUUUGACUCCACUUCUCAGAGCAUCUAUCACAUAUAGGUAUAUAGCUAGACCAAGAUACCUUGAAAAAUCUGUGCAGGAUAAUACACUGUCAGCAAAUGUUUGAAUAUAUUGUCCUCUGAAGCAUAUGAGAACGUGCAAUUAUGUAACAUUCAAUACGAGAGAAACAAACUUGUUUUGUACCCGGCAGUUACAAAAGAAGGAUAGAAUUAUAUGUAGUUCCUUGGAGCCUAGCGUUUGAGGGUUUGAGAGGGUAACAAAAAAGAAAACGAUAAAACAUGUUUUUACCCCCUCCCCUUUUUUGGCAUCAUUGUCUGUACACGCAAAAUUCGGGUUAAUCGUUACGGUAAAACACACACACACACACACAAAAAAAAAAUGGAAUGAAAGGCAUCUUGCAAAAGUGCAAAUUCAAUAUCCAAUAUGGCACUGAAGAAUGCUGGGCAACGAACAUUCAGUAUAGCUGCAUAGCAUGUUGUGUUCAUCGGAAAAGCGAGAAGUGUUUUUCCGACGAGCAUCUCCCAAUUUUGAUGAAUAAAAAUAGAAAACACAAUGUUCAUUCUACCUAUACUACCUGGGCUUCGUUCGCUCGAUUUACGCUCAGAGCUCGAUUUACGCUCGAUUUACGCGAGCACAACAUGAUCUUGCAAAGACUGUAUAUGCAUUAAAGGCCAUGCUAGAGAGCAUGUGUAACAGAUGUGCUAGGCAAUAGUUUGGUACAACAACAUGUCGUGCUUUGUCUCUCUCUUCUUUUCCUGCGAGAAAGGUUGCCCCCCCCUCCCUCGUUCCACUAGCUUUGUAUACCAUGGCCCGUAUUUGCUUUGGAAAGUCAAUGCUCCGUUGCAUUGUUACUGCCAGUUGUUGCAGAUGACUCGCAUUAUUUAUACAUAAAUAAAUAAAGAGUUAUUCAUUUGAA